AUGCCCACGCCCACUGCCCAAACCGUGCAGAAGCUGUACCCAGAUCUCCCGCCCCCAUACAACCCGCCACAGUCAGAUAUGAAAGUGAAACAGAUGCCAGUGUUUAGUGUAAACGGAGGUACUCUAAACUUAGACCAGAUACAGGAAGGGGCAACAGGGGGAGAACAGUCUGAGGGUGAGGACAGAGAACAACAGAGUAGGAUGAAAAAUGAACAAAAGGAGGACAGGCAUUAUGAAGUAAUGAGCCAAUGUUCUGCCAUCCAAAUGGAGGUAAAAGAUCUGUUGGAACAACUUAUUGCUGAAGAACAAAAAACCAGGAAACGAGGUAAUAGACAUGAUGAGAGCAGCCGCAUUCGCUCAGUGACAAGUCCAGUUGUGGAAACCGAUGAAAGUGAUAAUGAUAGCCAGGCCUGUUCAGAUGGAAGAACAAAACCUAGAAAGAAAGUAGAUGAAUAUAAGUCAGGACUACAAGUCAGACUAGAUGGAAAACUAACCUUGAAGGAGGAUGAGGAAAGAAAGGACGGAUAUGAGGAUAAUAGUGAAGGGGACAUGGAAGAGGAUGAGUGGCCAGUUACCUCCACACCUCAGACACAGUGGCCUAGACGAAGCAAAAGGUUGACAGAUAAGGCCCCUAAACCAACACUUGCUACUAUGGGAAGGGUGUGCAACAUGCCCCUACUGGCAGGACCAACUGGUAGAAACUAUCAGCCAUGGUCACUAACAGACCUUGAGACCCUAGUAAAAAAACUACCGGCCAUAACAGAGGGUGGUGGUAGAUGGGUGAAUAAGUUAUUUGCCCUGUCUCAUGGCCAGGUUCUGUCAGUGGGAGACCUAAGACAAAUAAUGAGUAGAGUACUAUCAGGCCACCAGAUUGUAGACGUAGAAUGUAUGGCUGGCACCACAAGUUUGGGAAACAGUGCCCCAUUGGUGCAAGGAGGGGGUCAGUCACCUCUGUGUCAGGCUAUAAGGGACAAGUUUCCCACCCCCGAUACCAUGUUUGAGAAUUUGAAAUUUAAACACAAGGAUGGGGAAAAUGGUGCAGCCUAUAUAAAUAGAUGCUGCCAAGAAUGGGAAGAGGCAUGUGAUGAGAACCCAAUGUCUAACCCUGUGACAAAUAGAAUUUUCAGGGCUGCUGUACUACAGGGAGCUCCAGCUGGUGUGACCCAAGCCAUGGAACAAUCUCCUGAGGUACCAGGCAGUGACGAUACUAAAUGGAAAAGGUAUGCAGUACACUUCAUAGACAAAGCAGUCGACAGAGCAGACAAAGAGGGGGGUGAACUUCUAAAGUUGCAAAAGGAACUGUUAAAGUUACAAUUAGAGAAAGAAAAAACAGCAAAGGGGCAGACAGUUAACUGCUCACUACAAUGUGACAUAGGACACAAUCAGUGGUUGCUUGCACCUUCACCAACCCCAGACAGUUGUGUAGACAUUUACUGGGCCUUGCUGUCCCCAUCAAAAAUAGGAGCCUAUUCACUGUUCCAAGAAUGGAAAGCGUGGGUAUACACACUAGACAUUUUUACUCCACCACCUGAUGAUUUACACUGCACACUGUUUUAUGACAGGCAGGAAGAUCACGUGUAUCAGGAGGCCUUCGUAGGUAUUGAAGGAUCGCAGUGGAGCUUAAAAAGCACAGGUCUGUUGAUAGGAAAGGAAGGUGUGGUGGCUCCAAUCUGCUUAACAGAGGAACAAGAAACAUGGUACAAAAUGAGACAGACUGCUGCCCCACACAUAUCACUGGCAUUGCACCCAACACAUGAGGCUAGGGAGCUAGGCUCAAUGACAAAGAGACUACUAACGGUCACUGACUGGGAGCCCACAGACAACACACAGUUGUAUUACUCCCCAUCAGCAGACAGUUACAAAGUAGUGAGGGAAACCCUCGACCUGGGCACUCUGGAACAUAAAUGGAUUUCCAGGUGUCAUGGCAGAGAUAAAUCUGAUGGGGAGGGGGCAGAGGAAUUGAUUAACUCCAUGCCACAAGAAUUAUGGUCAACAGGGCCAACUGAUGUGGGAUACUGUGACAUAACACCUGUCACUUUUGACAUCUCUGAUGGCCAACCAACAUGGGUCCCACAGUACAGAAACAAGCCUGAAGCCAUAGCUGGCAUCAAGCCAACGAUUGAGGGCCUACUUAGUUCUGGAGUUUUGACUCCCCACCAGUCACAAUGGAACACACCUAUAUUUCCAGUGCCUAAACAGGGAGGCAAGUAUAGGAUGGUACAUGACCUCAGAGAAAUUAACAGUAGAGUUACUACCCCAAUAGUUGCUGUCCCUAACCCAUAUACUGCCCUUUCCAUGGUAAAUGUAUCUCACCAAUGGUUCUCCUGCAUAGACAUGGCAAAUGCAUUUUUCUGCAUACCAGUUUCAGAUGAAUGUAAAGAUUAUUUGGCCUUCACUUUUCAAGGAACCCAAUAUUCUUACAAUAGACUGCCACAGGGGUUCAUCUUGAGCCCGGGCAUUUUUAAUCAGGUUUUGAAACAACAAUUACAGGACUGUCAGUUACCAGAGGGAGUGGUGACAGUGAUGUAUGUUGAUGAUAUCUUGAUAGCUGCACCUUCGCCAGAGUCAUGUUUAAAGGCCACUGAGACUGUCUUGAGGAGACUAUGGGAGGCAGGGUUGAAAGUCAGCAGAGACAAGUUACAGGUUUGUAGACAAACGGCUACCUUUUUAGGAAGAGUGGUAGGAGUAAGUGGAAAGGGGGUAUCACCAACACAUAAAAAGGACAUACUAACAUACCCAAAGCCACUCACUGUGAAAGAUAUGCUGUCUUUCCUAGGUCUAACAGGGUUUAGUAGACAUUUCGUCCCACAAUAUGUAGCUCUGACUAGUCCUCUAAGGGGCCUGGUUAAACAAUGUGGUAUGAGAAACUUGAUGACAAAAUUGGAUUGGACAAUGGAGGCUGAGGAAGCAUUCCAGAAAAUAAAAGCAGAAUUGGCUCACUGUAGUAACUUAUGUACUCCAGACUAUAAAGUGCCAUUUCAAUUAGACGUGUCAGAAACAAUCACAAGCGCGCAUGGGGUUUUGUAUCAACGACAAUCAAGUAACAGGAGAAUUUUGUUGUACGUCAGUGUACUUCUAGACCAGGUAGAAGCUAGACAACCACCAUGUGCCAGAUUUGCUGCAGGUCUAGCUAAGGUAAUAGAGAAAACAUCGCACAUCGUCAUGGGCCAUCAGUUGUUGAUCCGGACCUCUCACUCAGUGGUCAGUUUUGUUAACUCAAGUUCAUUCACCUUCUCUGCCCUACGGCAGAGAAGAAUGCUAAAAAUUUUGACAGCUGCAAAUAUCACCUACAGCCACAAUGGUAUCAACAAGGCUGACCUUAUGACUGAUGGGGACCAUCAUGAUUGUGCACCAUUGACAGAUAGAUUAUCGGUAGCUAGGGAGGGUCUGACAGCCUCCCCACUUCCUGAAACAGACAACCCAAUAACACUAUUUACGGAUGGUAGUUGCCACAGGGCAGAUGAUGGAACUCUGAAAGCAGGAUUUGCUGUGGUUCAAUUACAGGGCGACCAAUUUGUCACAAUACAAGCUGAACCCCUAAUUGGCAAACAAUCUGCACAAAAAGCAGAACUAUUGGCCCUAAUCAAUGCAUUGAGACAUUCAAAAGGACAGGCUGUCAACAUCUACUCUGAUUCUGCAUAUGCAGUAUCCACAGCCCACGUGGAGCUGCCUGUGUGGAUUAGAUGUGGAUUCACAACUUCUUCUGGCCGGCCUAUUACUCAUGAGAAAGAAGCAAGAGAGCUCUCUGUAGCCAUAAUGUUGCCAGACAAAGUGGCUAUUAUCAAGUGCACUGGUCAUUCCCAAGGAACUGACCUAAUAUCAAGAGGGAAUGAUGCAGCAGACUUGGCGGCAAAACGUGCCUCAGACUACAUAAAAGGUCAGUUUGUGGUCACUUCUGAGCCAGACGUGACAUCCCUCCUACCAGAAUUCUCAAGAGAAUUCUUAUCUGAGCAGCAAGACAUGGCUGCUCCUGAAGAAAAGUCUGUGUGGAAAAAUAAAGGGGCAAUCAGACACGAGGAUGGGCUUUGGACAGCACCUGAUGGUAGAGCUGUGCUCCCAGCUACACUAGUCCCAAGCGUGUUGAAAGAAGCCCACACACAUGCACAUUGUAGUGAUAAGCAAAUGUCACGAGCAUUGCAAUCAUGGUGGCAUCCUUUUAUGCCACACCUAAUUUCUGGGUACAUAACGACAUGUGACAUCUGUCAGAUGCACAAUGUCAAACCAACUAUAAAACCAUCUCAGGGAUCGUUCCCAUUGGCAAAUGGCCCUGGGGGUAAAGUUAUAAUUGAUUUCACUGACAUGAUUGAAAAGGUAAAUGGUAAACGAUACUUGCUUGUUAUGAUUGAUGCAUAUACUGGAUGGCCAGAGGCCUUCUCGGUGGGCAAGGAAGACAGCACUGCUGUCAUUAAAUGUCUGAUAAACCAUUACAUCCCACGUCAUGGUUUUCCGAGCCGGGUCAGAUCUGACAACGGCUCACACUUUAAAAAUGAACAUCUGGCUGAUGUGGAAAAGGCAUUGGGUUUAGUACACCAUUUCGGGGCAGUCUAUCACCCACAGUCACAAGGUAAGGUUGAGCGGUUGAAUCUAACAUUAAAAAACAAAUUGGCUAAAAUCUGUGCACAGACUAAAUUGACAUGGUUGGCUGCUCUUCCACUGGCCUUGAUGUCAGUAAGGAGCUCUGUGAGUAGGGCAACAGGAUACACGCCCUUUGAACUGUUGACUGGUCGCCAAUUUCCUGGCCCACUGACCCCACUACAAUUGGAACCAGUACAACCGUUAUCACACAAAAUUUACUAUGACAAAUUGACUGCUCUAAUUGAAUCUUUUGACAAAAUGUUACCAACUGAUUUUAGGGGACACGAAUAUCCAGCACCCCUACCUGACCGAACUUGGGACUGGGUGAGAUUGAGAAUCUACAGGCGUAAAUGGAAAGAGCCUCGCUGGUCUGCUCCAAUUAAGUGCUGUCCGGCGGACCCACCGUCCAGAUCAUUGGACGACACCAGAGUGGACCUUGCUUCGCAGGUCCAAGAGAGGGAGGAUACCACAGGAGGUGCAGGAGGGAGUAAGGGUACCACAAAA